AUGCAGGCGUUUUGUCUCCUCUUCCUCACCACUAUCAUGGACUCACAUAAUAUGCACAACGAACCCGAGAGGAACAGCGAGGGCGAACCACUUCACCGGCCAGCACCGUCAAUGCUUCAGUAUCGCUGUCCGGCUCCAGGCUGCCACCGAGUCCUUAGCAACCCAUCUGGCCUUACCCAACAUUUGCAUAGCAAGCACCGUGACCUCCCUCCUCGCCCCUCUCCACCACCACCACCACCUCGUCCAAGGUCUCCUGAUCCCGAGUUUGAUGCAGGACAGGGCCAACCUAUGGACGACGACUUUCCUCAAGCAGGUGCUGGAGAUGGGUGCGGUGCAUAUGACGAUGGCGGUGCCUCUUCAUUGGGACAAGUGCGGCUGUUGCGCGGCGGAGGGGUGCGAGUACAACACCGAUAUCUGGAUGGCCGCCCAUGUGACAGCAGCGGCGAGUUUCUGGGACCACCUGACACUGCACCCCCCCCUCCUCCUCCUAUCCAUCGAGCUCGUACCGACUGGUCACCUUUUCACAACAGAGUUGCAUUCAAAACUGCCGACUUGCUCUACACUCGCUCCCAGGCCCCUGCUACUCACAUCGAUUACCUUAUGCACUUGUGGGGCUUGACCCUCCAAGAGUAUGGCGCCAACCCUCCGUUUGCGGAUCACAAGAAACUGUACAAGACGAUUGAUGGCAUCAAGACUGGCGACGUCCCAUGGAGCUCAUUCAACGUUUUGUACAAAGGUGCCAGGCCCGCCCGCAAGGCGUCCACCUGGAUGGAUGAGACGUACGACGUGUGGUACCGUGACCCGCACGCCGUCGUUCAGAACAUGCUUGCCAACCCGGACUUCAAGGACGUCUUAGACUACAGCCCCUAUCGCGACUAUGACGCUACCGACGUCCGCCAGUGGGAGAACAUGUUCUCCGGUGAUUGGGCAUGGGAUCAAGCGGACGAGAUAGCGUCGGACCCUUCGACACACGGCGCGACGUUUGUUCCCGUGAUACUCGGAAGCGACAAAACGACGGUCUCGGUUGCCACCGGCCAGACCGAUUACUACCCCCUCUAUCUCUCUAUCGGAAACGUCCAUAACGGUGUGCGACGAGCACACCGCAAUGCGGUUGCUCUCAUUGGAUUCCUGGCUAUCCCCAAGACGGACAAAUCGAACAGUGGCGACCCUGCAUAUCGACACUUUCGACGCCAGCUCUAUCAUUCAUCGCUCGCCAAGAUCCUCUCCUCUCUGAAGCCUGGAAUGACUAAAUAUGAAGUACUGCCCUUCGGCGACGGCUACCACCGCCGAGUCAUCUUUGGGCUCGGUCCUUACAUUGCCGAUUACCCCGAACAAGCACUACUAUCGUGCAUAGUUCAGGGUUGGUGUUCGAAAUGUGUUGCCUACCGUGACGAGCUGGACACGGAUGCAGCUCUACGCUGCAAGGAGCACAACAACAUCCUCAUCGACGAACUCGACUGGGGGACACUGUGGGAUUCAUACGGCAUUAUUGGCAAUGCGGUGCCGUUCACCAACGACUUUCCAAGAGCUGACAUCCACGAACUCAUCACGCCCGAUAUAUUACAUCAACUGAUCAAGGGGACCUUCAAAGAUCACCUCGUCGACUGGACCGUGGCAUAUCUAUUCAAGGUUCACUCUAAGCCCGAUGCAUUGGCGAAACUGGACGACAUCGACAGACGUAUCGCGGCUGUCGCUCCAUUCUCGGGCCUCCGCCGGUUUCCACAUGGACGCGGCUUCAAACAGUGGACGGGAGAUGAUAGCAAGGCCUUAAUGAAGGUUUAUCUUCCAGCAAUCGAAGGACACGUACCACAGGACGUCAUACGCACAUUCCGUGCAUUUCUUGAGUUCUGCUAUCUGGUCAGGCGCGACAUACACAGUGAGGACACAAUCCGCGAAGUGGAGGGCGCUCUCAAACGCUUUCACCGGUACCGGGUCAUCUUCAAGACGCAUUCCCUUACCCAUUACGCGCUGAUGAUCCGGCUUUUUGGCGCUCCCAAUGGACUCUGCUCCUCCAUCACGGAGUCGAAGCACAUCAAGGCUGUGAAAGAGCCAUGGAGGCGCUCAAACCGCUUCAAUGCCCUGUUCCAGAUGCUGCUCAUCAACCAGCGACUGGACAAGCUUGCGGCAUGUCGUGUUGACUUCGAAGCUCGAGGUAUGCUGUGCGGUGUACUCACUUCCUCCCAGCUGGAAUCCCUGCGCAACUACAGUUCGCUCUUUGAGGUCGCCGAGGACAGCGGCAAUCUUCUGGGCAUUCGCUGGCGAGGGCAGGAGUCCCACAGCAUACACGAGGAUCCCGGCGAUGCUGUUGAUGGAAACAUUGACGCGAGAGUUACAUUGGCGGCAACUAUAGCUCGUCGCCGCGCCAAAACCAUACUGGAACUUGCUGAUGAACUCGAGCUACCUGCGGACAGCCUCCUGUGUGCGAUCCGACUCUUUUUACGCGAUCAGUACCGCCGGGACUCGGACAGUGACGCACCCUCCAAUGGCUUGCUCAAUGACUGCCCUGCCUUCAACCCCAGCUCAACCAUUCACUUGUACAACUCUGCAGCAGCCGUGUUUCGCGCGCCUAGCGACUUCAGCGGGACCACUGGGAUGCGCCGCGAGAUCAUCCGUUCGACACCACUCUGGAGGACUGAAGCUCCGCGGUACGACUGUGCAUUCGUCUCGACAAACCCAGCAGUGAGCGGCAUGCUCGGAAUGGAGGUUGCCCGCGUAUUUGGCUUCUUGUCCUUUGACUACCAGUCUCGCACGUUCUCGUGUGCGCUGGUACAGUGGUUCUCCCGUUUGUCAGACAACCGCGAUGAAGACACCGGGAUGUAUAUGGUACGACCGGACCUGCACGACGACGGGUCGCGCAGCCUAGCCUUUGUGUCUGUUGGCUCGUUGGUUUGA